AAAAAUGAUUAGAAAUCAUUAGAGAAUAAACUAUGCUCCAAGUUCACAUUCUGAAUGUGGAGUUAGGUCUAAAUAACUAUGAUAAAAGUAGACUCAUACUUUGAUAAACUUCCUGCCUGCAUCAGACAACCAGGUGAAGAGGAAACAUAAAUAUCAGCCACACCUUUUUACCUAACCUGCCGUCUCUGAGAGUAGCUCGGCACAAGGUGUUUUGCUGCGUCACUCACUGAUCUCUACACCUGGAUGGUAUACGUAGACAGUGUGAUACAAUACUUAAUCUUCUCCUGGCAUUGUGGAUACCAAGGGUCAAGGUAUGUCCACUCCGGCUUCCAAGGGGGUUCUACGGCCUGUUCUGAUUGGCUGUUGUUUUAUGGCGGGCUUCGUGGGAAUAUUCUUAAUUUACUACAAACCCCCGAUCAAGUUCCUUUCAUGCCCUACUGACCAGGCAUCCCACGAGGGGAAGGCUGGUUGUUCUCCUUGCCCUCAAGUAAGUAUGGCAGGGAACCACACAGGGCAAAAAACACACCAUGCCCAGACAGCCAUUCAGGCCGAUGAUGACGGAGACACAGACACUAUUAUUUUGAUCUGGAUGUGGCCAUUUGGUCAGGCCUUUGACAUAGACUCUUGUGCCUACUUUAACAUCAAAGGCUGUCACCUAACAGUGGAUAAAAACCUCUACAGCAAGGCGCACGGUGUCAUAUUCCACCAUAGAGACAUCCAUGGAGACCUGAAGAACAUGCCCCAAGAGCAACGUCCAUGGUUCCAGAAAUGGGUGUGGUGGAAUACAGAAUCACCAGCUAACACAAACAGGAUCCCUGGUGUUGACCACUUGUUCAAUUUGACUGCCAGUUAUCGACUGGAUUCUGACAUCAAGGUUCCUUAUGGGUCGCUUGUCGAGGUAACCAGUGAGGAUAAAAUCUUUGAGCUGCCCAAGAAGGACAAAUUAGUCUGCUGGGUAGUGAGCAACUGGAACCCAAACUACAAGAGGGUACAGGUGUUCAACGAGCUCAGUAGGCAUGUCAAAAUAGAGGCCUAUGGGAGACAUUUUAGUAGAUACCUUGAAAACGAAGACUACUCAAAGACGCUGUCCAGCUGUAAAUUCUACCUGUCAUUUGAAAACUCCAUCUACAAAGACUAUGCUACAGAGAAGCUGUUCAACGCUAUGAAGUUGGGAGCAGUGCCCGUUGUUCUAGGUCCAUCCAGGGACAACUAUGAGCAAUUUAUCCCAAGGGACUCUUUCAUCCAUGUGGAUGACUUCUCCUCUACAGAGGAGCUGGCAAAGAAGCUUCUCUUUCUCGACCAGAAAAAUGAAGAAUACAUGAGGUACUUCACCUGGCGAAAUAACUUUAAAGUUCAACAAGGGUAUUUUGGACUUGAGCACGCCUGUCGCUCAUGUGAUUACAUUCAAAGAAAUAAAGGAUACAAAACUUUUCAUAAUCUAAAUAAAUGGUUUUGGGGCUAAGUGACCCAUUUGUAGUGGUCAACAAUGUGGCUGUGUGAAGAGUAUUGUAUGCUGGACAACCAGGUGUGGAAUAGUUUAGGGUCGUUCCACCAAUUUGGAACCUUUUGAGAAGUGUAACGGUAAAAAACUGAGCAGGUUUUUUUUCUUCACCACAAAACACUAGAACAUUUCCAAGAAGAGUAAGAUGCUUUUACACUAUGAUUUGACUAUUAAAUGUUCAAAGCUUCUUUUAAGAAACAUAUUUAAUCAGUAAUAGUUUUUCUCCAUAUUAAAACCAAAGUUCAGUUCACGUAACAAGGUAGAGCUUAAAAUUAGGGAUAAAUUCAUCACUAAUCACAAAUGUAACUCUUCAUAUUCAAUGCAACAAAAUAACUAAGGCUUUAAAAUGAUGGGGAAAACAUGGAUAAAUGUUGGGGUUAAGCAGGUUCAAAUCUUCCUAGAAAUCAGAGAGUGCAUGGAGGGACAUGUCAAAACGCUACAUUUUAGCACUUUAAGUCUUUAUUCAAAUAAAAAAAACUGUUAUUGAAUUCUCCAUGUGGUCUAUAUUAAAGGGCACCUCAUUUAAUAUAACAGGGUUUUAAAAUCCAAUACUGGUGCACAAUUUCCACUUAAAAUAUUGAAGGGAUGGACAAGACACUCUUUCUUGAAACAAAACAACCCUUUAGAAUAUUAGGAGCUCUAGUAGCUGUUGCACAUGCAACAGCCACUCUUUCUGGGGUGCACACAAACCAUACAAUACACAACAGAGAAAAGAGCGGGGGAACGGGUAAAAUGACUUGUUACCUAAUAAUGUCAAACGUUGCCCACAUUAACAUCAUGUAAUAUAAAACGUUGCCCACAUUAACAUAAUGUAAUGUAAAAUGUUACCCACAUUAACAUCAUGUAAUGUAAAAUGUUACCCACAUUAACAUCAUGUAAUGUAAAAUGUUACCCACAUUAUCAUGUAAUGUAAAAUGUUACCCACAUUAUCAUGUAAUGUAAAAUGUUACCCACAUUAAUAUCAUGUAAAUGUAAAAUGUUACCCACAUUAACAUCAUGUAAUGUAAAAUGUUACCCACAUUAGCAUCAUGUGAUGUUUUUUUUAAUGUAACCUUUAUUUAACUAGGCAAGUCAGUUAAGAACAAAUUCUUAUUUACAAUAACUACCAGGUGACAGCAGAUUAACUGCCUUGUUCAGGGGCAGAACGACACAUUUUUACCUUGUCAGCUCAGGGAUUCAAUACAGCAAUCUUUCGGUUACUGGCCCAAAGCUCUAACCACUAGGCUACUUGCCGCCCCAAUGUAAAAUGUUACCCACAUUAACAUCAUGUAAUGUAAAAUAUUACCCAGAUUAAUAUAAUGUAAUGUAAAAUAUUACCCAUAUUAAUAUAAUGUAAUGUAAAAUAUUACCCAUAUUAACAUCAUGUAAUGUACAAAUGCUGUGCAUGAAUCAAAUCCUGUUUUUUUUCUUGCUUUUAGAGAUUUGAAAUUGAUGUAAGAAUGCAAUGAAUUUUAAAUAUUGUUAAAGAUUUGUGGAUAUUUGUAUUAAUGUUGACCACCUCACAGCAGUCACAUCACUUCCACCUGCUUGAUCAGUUCAGAAUAUGCACUCAUUUACUCCACUGCCCAGAUCAGAGAUUUGACCCACAGAAAAACUACAACGGCCCAAACAGAGCAAACCCUUUGCAUAUAUUUGUUUUUGCAUUGUUUACCUACCUGCACAAAACAAAAGGAAACCAUACAACCUUACUGCACAGACAGAAAGAUAAAUUGGUUGUGUCCUUACUGUGCCUUUGAGUAUGCUUUGAAAGGGGGAGGGGGAAAGUACAGUUGUGAGGAAUUAUCCACACGGACUCCCUCAACACAAUGAAAAGAGUUGUAAGACCUUCAAGUUAUGUCAUGUACUGAAUACUGUCUGAUUAUUAAAAACCAAGGUCUGGAAUGAAUGUG